UCUAAGUUUCUAACCCCGAGAAUUAAGAAAAUAUCAUAAAAAAGGGGAAAAAGACGAUUACUUUUUGAUGUUUAUGAUGUUGAUGUUGUGAAUAUUUGAUCGAUUCACAAAACCCACAUCAAAAGUAGAAUCAAUUUUGACGAAAUCGCAGUUGGUUACAAAACCCUAAAAAGAAAAAUAAUGGCAGAAAGUAGGGUUUCGAGGGGUCAAGAUUUGGGGGGUUUAGAAGCAGGGAUUAUAAGUAAGAUUAGAGUAGAGAAUUUUAUGUGUCAUAGUCAUAUGGAAAUUGAAUUGGGUGAUCGUGUUAAUUUCAUCACUGGUCAAAAUGGAAGUGGAAAGAGUGCCAUACUUACUGCGUUGUGUAUCGGGUUUGGAUGUCGAGCGAAAAGCACAGAUAGGGCAACUACGUUAAAGGAGUUUAUAAAAACUGGUUGCAGCUAUGCACUUGUUCACUUGGAAAUUAAAAACCAGGGGGAGGAUGCAUUUAAGCAUGAGAUAUAUGGAAAUGUCAUAAUUUUAGAGCGCAGAAUAACUGAAUCAGCCAGUACUAGUGUUCUGAAAGAUCAUCAAGGAAGAAAAGUGGCUACCAGGAGAGAAGACAUCCGUGAGCUUGUGGAACAUUUUAAUAUUGAUGUUGAGAAUCCCUGUGUAGUAAUGAGUCAGGACAAGAGCAGAGAGUUUUUACAUUCAGGGAAUGACAAAGACAAAUUCAAGUUUUUUUUCAAGGCGACGCUUCUAAGUCAGGUGGAUGAUCUACUAAAAAGUGUUAAGGACAACCUUGAGAAGGCAAAUGGUGAGGUUGUUGAAUUGGAAAGGUCAAUAGCACCUAUAGAGAAGGAACUAAAUGAGCUGCAAGCAAAGAUCAAAAGCAUGGAGCAUAUUGAACAAAUUUCUCAGCAAAUGCAGAUAGUAACCAAGCAAUAUGCAUGGGCAUUAGUUUAUGAAUUUGACAAACAAAUCCAGGAAGAAGCUGCAAAAAUUAAGAAACUAGAAGAAAGGAUGCCACGUUGUCAAGCUAGAAUUGAUCAACAGAUUGCAAAAGUUGCAGAAUUGCAGGAUUGUCUAGACAAAAAGAAAGCUCAAAGUGCCAUUUUGAUGGAAAGUGCUUCUAAAGCAAAGAAAGAUCAGGAUGAUCUCAAGCAUAAACUUUCUAUGGUUACAAAGAAGAAGCUCGAGCUAGAGCAAGAACGUAAGCGCAUAAUUUCUGCUAUCGCUAAGUGUGACAGACGAGAGGAGUCAAUUCAGCAACAAAUCAGCGAAGCCAAUGAGCAACAAAUGAAGGACACACAGGCCGAAGAAUAUGAGAUGGAGAGAAAACUGAAGGAGCUUCAAGAUGACAUAGAUGCUGCUGAAUUAGAAUGUCAAAGAUUGAAGAACAAUGAGGACGAUAUAUCAGAAAGUUUAGGAAUUGCUAAUGAUGAGCUUAGAAUGAUCAUUUCAGAGAUUAAUGAUUACGAGAAGAGGUUCAAUGAGAGUCAGCGUCGCAUUCGUGAUCUGCGACUGCAUCAGACAAGCAAGGUUACAGCAUUCGGAGGACCUAAAGUUACAAAUCUUCUACAGGCUAUUGAGAGGAACUACCGCAGAUUCAGAAAGCCCCCCAUUGGUCCUAUAGGGGCGCAUUUGGCAUUAAUUCAUGGUGACAAAUGGGCUGUUGCUGUUGAAAAUGCACUUGGCAAGUUGCUUAAUGCUUUCAUAGUGACAAAUCAUGAAGAUAUGCAUAUAUUGAGAUCAUGUGCCCGAGAAGUAAAUUACCACUAUCUUCAGAUCAUUAUACAUGAUUUUGCUAGACCAAGGCUGCAAAUUCCAGAACAUAUGCUUCCUCAGACAAAUCACCCAACUGUACUCUCAGCAAUACAAUCUGACAGUCCAACGGUAGUUAAUGUCUUGGUUGAUUCUGGUGGGGCUGAGAGGCAAGUACUUGUAAGAGACUAUGAGAUGGGAACUGCGGUUGCUUUUAAUCAAAGAAUUCCAAAUCUGAAGGAGGUUUACACAUUAGAGGGUCACAGAAUGUUUUCUCGUGGUUUCGCACAAACAAUUCUACCCCCCAAUAAGAACUUAAGGAGUGGGCGUCUCUGUAGUUCAUAUGAUGAUCAAAUCAAAAAUUAUGAAAGAGAGGCACUGCACAUGCAAGAACAAGCUCGGCAAGUUCGGGGAAAGAAAAGAAGCUAUGAGGAACAGGUUCAAGGUCUUAAUGACGAACUACAAAAUGCUAAGAGACAACGUAUGGGCGCGGAGAAGCAUGUUAUGUCUAAGAAUCUCAUGCUAAAAGACUUGAAGAGGUCUUAUGAUGCAGAAGCCAAAGCAUCAUCUGCUUCUAAUGCUGAUGAUCUCACUCAAGACCUUUUAAUAGUACAAAACGAGAAAAAAGAAAAAGAGGCUGAGCUCCAAAAGAUUGACGAGAGAUUGCUGGAAGUCAAUGCUAAAAAAGAAUUACUUACUAUUAAGUAUAAUGAGCUGGCUGAAUUGUCAAAAGUAGAUGUUAAUGCUCUAGACAAAGCAACAGGCGAGUAUGCACAAAUUGAGGAGGAUCUACGUUCUGCUGAGGAGGAAAAGCGUCAUUAUGAAGGACUAAUGGAGCAUAAGGUACAUAGGGUAAUCAAAGAUUCAAAAGAGAAAUGUCUGGAAUUUGAAAAUGAGCGAAAGACAAGUUAUGACAAGGCUUCUAUCAUAUGUACCGAGAAUGAGAUUAUAGCCUUAGGAGGAUGUGGUGACGCAACUCCUGAGCAACUACAAGCCCACCUUAAAAGGCUAAAACUGCGAUAUCAACAAGAGAGCCAGAGGCACCACGAAUCUAUUGAUGAACUACGAGUGUUGUAUGAUAAGAAAGAGCGUAAGGUUAUCAAACAACAAAAAACUUACGAAGCUUUUAGAGAGAAAUUGGCUGCUAUUAAUGUGGCUCUUGAGAAACGAUGGAGCAAAUUUCAGAGGAAUGCAACUCUAUUAAAGAGACAGCUGACGUGGCAAUUUAAUGGUCAUCUCAAGAAAAAGGGGAUUAGUGGCCACAUUAAAGUUAGCUAUGAGGAGCAGAAGCUCUCAAUUGAGGUUAAGAUGCCUCAAGAUGCAUCUACAAGCAAUGUUCGUGACACUAGAGGGCUUUCAGGAGGAGAACGAUCCUUCUCAACGCUAUGUUUUGCACUAGCCCUACAUGAGAUGACAGAAGCCCCAUUUCGAGCUAUGGAUGAGUUUGAUGUGUUUAUGGAUGCCGUCAGUAGGAAAAUUAGCUUGGACACAAUUGUGGAUUUUGCUCUAGCUCAAGGAUCCCAGUGGAUAUUUAUUACGCCUCAUGAUAUCAGCAUGGUGAAACACGAUGAGAGGGUUAAGAAGCAGCAAAUGGCGGCUCCCAGGUCAUAAACUGCCUCUAGUGCAAGGUUUAUUUCUGUUAUCACCAAGUUUUCUGGAUUAUGUUUAGGUCACAUUUUUACCCUUCUGUAUUUCCUUUAUUUGGAAUGUUAAAGUUGUAAAAUUAUGCUGAAACCUCAAAGUCUAAUCUUCUUCCCUCUGCAUAGAAGUAAGAUCAGUUUCUAUUGAAUCAUUAUGCGUUUUGUACA